AUGGGUGCGUUUAUAACUCCUAAUAAGAACCAGAAUCAUAACAGAUUGAUGGUAGGCAAUGAACAGUCCGAUCCACCAAUAGUGGAAUCUCCGAAGAUGACGAAUAUCCAUGCGUUUAUUAACGAUGCAGAUCUACAAACGGCUGACCAGAUGCUGAAACAGACUUACCGGCCCUUGGAAUAUACACAGUAUGCGAAUUGGUUAGGUGCAAAGGAGAAUAAGCGCGUACUAACGGAAUUUUUGAACCUUUUGAGACCUUGGCCGACUUCGUUGUAUCUUACUCUAUCAAAGCUAUCCCAUGGUCUUUAUUUGAUCGCAGAAGCUACUCCGCUAGACAAUAUUUUAGAAGAACUUGCUGCUCAAUGGACCGAUGAACAUAAGGACAAGGUCUCACACUUUCAGGGGAACUAUAGGGUCUGUCACAUCAUUUUGUUCUCUCUGUUGAUCCUCAAUUCUGAUUUACACAAUGAGUCUUUCGACUACAAAUUUACAGUGGAUCAAUUCAUUGAGAAUACCAUCUAUGCUAUCAGAUAUGAACUGAAAGAUAUGCAGCUAGAUGAGAAACUCAUAAAGGAUGAUUUACGUGGUUAUUAUAACCAAAUUCUGGACAUUCCAUUUCCCUUGUGCCAACCGAGGACUUUCAAAGAAGUCAGCAACAAGAAUGAUUAUUCUUCAACCUCAAAUGAUUCUCCUUCUAUGAAUCAUUCUUCCAUGAAUCCCUCUCCCAAUGAACGUGUGUCUUUUAGCGUAUCCCGUAAGACUUCGCUUUUCUCUUUAAGACCAGCAAGUUCGCUUUUGGAAAAGACUACCACAUCACAGUCGGUACUGUCUUCUCAAUCAGAAUGGUCUCAACACGUAAAUGCAACCGAUUUCUAUGUUCAUCAGCAUGAAGAUGAUAUAUUCGGUAAACAAAAUGACUCUUUAUGGUUGGUAGACCACACUUUAAACUUUAAGGUCAACAAGUCUACUCAUUCUAUAUCAGAACCAUGCGAUAGCGCAACUCACGGGAUAAUGAAACUUUUCAGAAGAGGUAAUAACCUAACUCAUCAACAACAAAGAAUGGAAAAUGCGAACAGAAAGAUGCACAGAGCUAGAGUAACAGUUCAAAAAGGAUCGCUUGAACUUCAUUUAACAAAAAGUAAGAACAAACUUUCUGCAAGAUCACUGACUGGACCGAAUGGCAUUUUUGGAACUUCUAUUAUCCAAAGAUUUAAUCUAUUUGGUGCAUUUGCGGAGCUCAUUGGAGAAACAAUCAUUGAUCAUACGGGUGCAUCAAAACCGAAAUGUUUCCAAGUUGAAUUUGCCGAUGAUCAGCAUCACAAGAGUCUGAUAUUUGAAUGUUCAUCUUCCAAGCAAUGUGAAACCUUCGUGGAUUGCAUAAAUUUCUGGGCCAGUAGGAUUACACCCAUUCCGGAUUCGCAAUUUGAAAUGGUAUCUAAUCAAGAAUAUGGAUGGUCUGGAAGAAUACUGUCUGAGUACCAAGAAGACCCUAACAGCUUCAAAGUGAACCCAAAAAUUAAAGUUUUCCACUGGGAACCCUUGUAUGGAUUGGAUUCCUUGUACACCAACUUCAACGUCGAAGAAUCAGGUAAAUUAAACAUGGAUUCACAGCUGCUACAUUGGAAAAUUUUUGUUACAAAAUUGGCAGAAUGGAUAAACGAACACAAUGAUAUAAAACCAGCGUUAAUCAAGAUUUGGACGCAUAAUCCGAAUUUUGAUCUAAUAAUGGACAAUUGGAACGCUAAAUACCUAUAUUUGAACAGGCAGUACCAUAAACAUAACGAGUACCUCAAAGCUAUAGAAAAAAGUUAUGAGAAUUCCGAUAAAUUUCCUAUAGACAAAUAG